UAGGGUGUGUACACACUCCACAGUGCGCACCUGUCGUUCAGGUUCCACAGGAAACACAGUGAUUCUUUGAACAGAGACAUGGACUCACUGGAUGUGUAUUAUAAUGGAACUUUCCAGCCAGAGAACCAUGAUGGUGUGGAGCAAGAACCACCAGCAUGUCUGUACUCUCGGCCCACAGACCAGGUGCCGUAUUUAGAUCUGCACGGUAACACAGCACUUGGGAAUCAGGACGGAGAUUUGACACCCUAUGAGCUGCCAUCCUGUCAGCAUGCCCCCUCACCCGGGUAUCUCCAGGCGGAAGGACCGCAGGCUGAUGCUUACCAUCCGAGGACCGAUGAGACGACGGCGCACUUGGCCUUUCCUUGGAUGAGACCUUCAAGAUCUCAAAUCUGCCAGGCGUCCAUGACAGGCGGGUUUCUGUGCGAAGACGCGGAUGACCAGAAGAGAAGCCGCACAGCAUACAGCAGGGCACAGCUGCUGGAGUUGGAGAAAGAGUUCCUGUUUAACCGCUACAUUUCCCGGCCACGCAGAUACGAGCUGGCAACGAGCCUGAACCUCACUGAGCGCCACAUUAAAAUCUGGUUUCAGAACAGACGCAUGAAGUGGAAAAAAGAGGAAGCAAAGAAGCGCAGAGGCGCACGGAACCAAGAGGUCCAUGAACAAGAUGCUGACUCAACUGUAACAACAGGGGUGUGAAGGAGAUAUAGGUUUAACUAUAUUACAAUGUAAUAUUUUUUAAUGCGCCUGAAUGGUGUGGAGACACGGCAUCUUGAAUGAAAUAACACACAGCAAAAUUCCCUCCAGUAAAAUGAUGAAUGAUGGAUAACAGAAUUCCUUUGUGUCCACUUAAACGUAGCUAUGCUGUAUGGUCAAAAGUGUUUGGACACCUGAUGAUCACACCUGUAUGUUCUUCUUGACCAUCCCAUUCCAAAUGAAUUCUCCUUUCCUAUUGUAACCUCCACUCUUCUGGGAAGGCUUUCCACUCUAGUUUGGAGUGUGGCAGUGGGGAUUUGUGAUCAUUCAGAUACAAGAGCAUUAGUUAUCUUGGGUGGGGAGGCCUGGGGUGCAGUUGGUGUUCCAGUUCAUUCCAGUAGGAUUGAGGUCAAGGUUUUGUGAAGGACAGUUGAGUCCAACCUUGGCAAAUCAUGUCUUCAUGGAGAUUCCUUUGUGCACAGGGCCAUUGUUAUGCUGGAACAGAUUUGGGCCUCAUAGUUCCAGUGAAGAAAAAUUGUAAAGCUACAGCAUACAAACACAUUCUACACCAGUGGUGACCAACCCUGUUCCUGGAGAUCUACCUUCCUGAACACUUUAGCUCCAACAAUAAUCGUUCCCACCUGACCACCGAAUCAUUGCUUUAAGAACUUCUUGAUCAACUAAAAACAGGUGUGUUAGAUUUUGGUUGGAGAUGAAACCUGCAGGAAGGUCGAUCUCAAGGAAGAGGCUUGUUGACCACUACUCUAUACAAUUGUGUGCUUCCAACUUUGUGGCAACAGUUCAAGGAAGGCCGACAUAUGGGUGCAAUGGUCCGGUGUCCACAUACUUUUGGCCUUAUAGUGUGUAUUCGUUUAUUAGUGUACCUAAAAGCUUGGUGUGAAUUAAAUAUCAUGUUUACACAUAUAAAUUAUUUUAAUAUUUGUACUUGUAUGAUAUAAAUUAUUUCCACAGUUGUUUUACUUGUGUGCAGAAUGUAAAAAACAUUUAUCAGGUUUCCUCGUAUUUUAAGAGAAUGAUUAUAAUGGAUAUGGACAUAUAGAGUUAUGGAUUGUAUUUGUAAGAAAAAAAAUGGAAUAUUACUAUUUUAAGAAGGUAAACCAUAAAAAAGUAUUUGCCUUGUUUGUUUUUGCUCUUGUGCUCCAGUAGCUAGGUAUGACUCAGGAUACGCCUUGCCUCUGAUAUGAGCUCAGCUAUCGCUCUUUCACUCAGUCUUUGACUCACAUUCUAUCUAAUCUUACAGUUUCUUCUUUGUUCUUGCUUUAUUCAAGAACACUGCUGGAUACCUAGAUAUGUAGAUACUGCAUUCUGUUUCUAAUAGGCCUAUAGUGAAUGUUUAUUAAAUGGGUGUUGAUACAGCACUGAUAUCAUGAGGUUCCUAAGAAGAACAAAAUGCCAUAUAAGGUUUGUGUUAGUGAAGCAGAUUUCCUGGAUCAGUAACUUUUGUCCUUCCCUGUAUUUCUACAUACACUGCUUCCUGCCAGGAAAUUCAUUUUCAACAUUUCAAGAUUGGGUAGGUCUCUUCUCACUUAGAUAGAAAACAUUGUCUAACUGUCAAGGUUUAUCCAUCACUCUCUUCUCGACAGUAGGUUUAAUUUAAACUGUCUCUGCAGCCUGUAUCUGUUUCAGCACUCUGGACAGCGAGAGAGGGCGAGAGAGCGAGAGAGAGAGAGAGAGCGAGAGAGAGAGAUUGAGAGAGAGAUAGAGCGAGAGAGAGAGAGAGAGAGAGAGAGAGAGAGAGAGAGAGAGAGAGAGAUUGAGCGAGAGAGAGAGAGAGAGAGAGAGAGAGAGAGAGAGCGUGCCAUGUCCUGACUCAUCCCUUAUCUACUCCUAUAGUUUACCAUUGAUUAUGUGUUUAGUGUUCAAUCAAUUUGUCCAAAUCUUAUUUAACUGCCAAGUCAUAAAGCAGAUUUUUUUCGUA